UACCACACAGUGUGCAAGUUGCAUGAGGAUUUUGAGAAGCGUUUUCGGAAGGAAGGGCAUGCGUCGAUUAACAUCGACGAGCAGCAGCACGAUGACUACGAGCCGCUUGACGACGACGACAUUCCAGAGGAUGCAUACUUUGAGGAGGAGGAGGAGGAGGAGGAGGAGGAGGAGGAGGAGGAGGAGGAGGAGGAGGAGGAGGAGGAGGAGGAGGAGGAGGAGGAGGAGGAGGAGGAGGAGGAGGAGGAGGAGGAGGAGGAGGAGGAGGAAGAGGAGGAGGAGGAGGAUGUAGAGGGGGAAGAGGAGCAGGAGGAGGAGGAGGAGGAGGAGGAGGAGGAGGAGGAGGAGGAAGAGGAGGAAGAGGAGGAGGAAGAGGAGGAAGAGGAGGAGGGGAGGAGGGGGAGGAGGAGGAGGAGGAGGAGGAGGACAACGAGGAUGACUAGGAAGAGAAGUAAAAGACAGUUGGAGGAAUAGUAGUAGUACCCCUAUAUGUGAGAGC